AUGAUGGCGGGGAAAGAAGAUGGGCAACAGGCCGCGCCAGCCGUUGUGCAUGAGACGGACGACUUUGGACUACCGAUUCGACAAUACUCUACGCCUGUUUCAACGUCUGCGGAAACAAAAGAUGGUGAAGACGGACCAGCGGACGAAUCUAAAGAUGUCUCGAGUAAUGGGAAGGGGACAGUCACAGAGGCAACAUCGCACGAAGACCAGCCCCAAGAUUCCAACAUGACCUCCGCAGGGGAAGAUGCUGCCGGCAAGGGGAAACAACCGGCGACAAGCCCCUCGAGCGAUGAUGAACAACAUACUACGCCCAGAGAAGCGCCUGCCGAACAGCCCGACCAGAGAAAAGAUGCUGCCACGCUGAAGCCGAAAUCGGAGCACGCGGACGAAACGCCAGCGACGACGAGCGACGCCGUAGUGAAAGAAAUAGAAUCCUCAACAGACAGAAAUUUUUUUCAAGAUGACGGGCCAGCGCCGAUGGCUGGCGGGGAAGAGCCUGCCGCUCAAACCAAGAAGAAGACUAGGCAUGCCCAUCAGCACAGCAUCGCUAGCUUGGCAAGUGUGAACAGCGCACCCAACGAUCCAGGGGUGUCCGAAUUCUCGCAUCAGCAAGUUUCCACGCAGGUCGAGGACAAGAAGGAUGAAGACGAAGGCUGGCAAACCAUGCCCUCGUAUGCGCCAUAUGACAUCUACGACGAUGACAAUCGGCUUGUUGCGCAGGAACACGAGGACUCGGAGGAUGAGAAGGUUGUCUACGGAGGACUCGGUGGCGCAGGAAAGGGUUACACGAGGGUGCAGAUGGACGAUGACGUGCAAUCAGCGAACAGCAUGGACGACAACACAAACUAUCUGUUCAAGGACGGUGGCUACAAGGGCACGACAAUGGCGGAGGACGCGGACGACGAUGCACGGGACGCCGUGGGGCAGAUGCAGGCCACAAAGGACCUCCUGACCGAGGGCCAACGUGUAGCGUACGUGGGCGUUGUCCGUUUGGAGAUCGCCCAGCUAGUCAAGGAAAGCGAGCAGCUUGAGUCGACGCGCAAGAUCAGGAAGGAAGUCAGCAUGUCGGCCGAAAACACCAAAAUGUGGGCGCAAAAGAUGAUGAUCCGCCUGUACGCGCACAUGGACAUUAGCGAGGCGGAACAGAUCAUGAUCGAGCAGCUCGCCGAGCAUGGCGUCGUUCCGGCGGAUCUGGUGCCGGCGUUGCAUGCCAAUGCCCGCGUCAAGAAUCCCAUGGCCGAGCAGGAGGACGACGACAAGGGGGAGCAGAAGACAGAAAAGGAUGAAAGCGAUCCUCCUCAAGAUGUGGCCGCCGAAGAAAGCCAGAAGCAGGAAGACGUUGCACAAGACACCCUAACUCAGGAAGGUGAAGAAACCAACAGACCCACCGAGCAGGGCGACAUGAACGACAAGCCCGACGAGGAGUGGUCAUCCAAGCGACCGAUGACUCCGACGGACGAACCGGUUGCUGAGCCUCCACCGCCCUACGGAGCUCAUGAGCAGGAUGAAGUGCCGGAAGUCCAAUCGCCUUCGCAGCUACCCACUACCAGCAAGAUCGACAUUGAUCUGCGAUGGACCGUGCUUUGCGAUCUGUUCCUCAUCCUCAUUGCCGACUCGGUCUACGACGCGCGGUCCAGGGUUCUCCUCGAGCGCGUGGGCAAGAGCUUGGAGAUCCCGUGGCUGGACAUUUGCCGUUUCGAAAAGCGCAUCACGGAUGCCUUGGAACUGCAGCAAGCUGCCGAAAAGGAGAACUGGAACGAGGAGGAGCACAUGGAGUCUCGCAGGAAGAAAGCCCUCAAACGACGAUACAUGAUGAUGGGUCUCGCGACAGUCGGCGGCGGCAUCGUCAUCGGUCUGUCGGCGGGCCUCGCAGCACCUUUGAUCGGCGCAGGUCUUGCCGCUGGGCUUACUACCAUUGGUGUCGGUGGUACUGGUACCUUCCUCGGCGGAUUGGGCGGUGCUGCCAUCAUCACAUCCGCCGCUUCUGCUUCUGGCAGCGUCAUUGGUGCGAAGGCGGCGCAUCGGCGAACAGGUGCUGUGCGUACCUUUGAGUAUCGUCCUCUGCACAACAACAAGCGCGUCAACUUGAUCGUGUCUGUGUCGGGCUGGUUGACGGGCAAGGUGGAUGACGUGCGGCUACCGUUCAGUACAGUGGACGCCACGAUGGGUGACAUCUAUUCGGUGCUGUGGGAGCCAGAUAUGCUGAGGAGCGUCGGUGACACUAUCCAGAUUCUGGCCACCGAGGCUCUCACAUCAAGUAUCCAGCAAAUCCUCGGCAGCACCCUGCUCACGGGUCUCAUGGGCGCGUUGCAAAUCCCAAUCAUCCUCACCAAGCUGGCGUACUUGAUCGACAACCCGUGGACAGUGUCCUGCGACCGUGCCAUAUCUGCUGGCAAGAUCCUAGCCGACUCCCUGAUCGACCGCAAUCUGGGUACGAGACCGGUCACCUUGGUCGGAUACUCGCUAGGAUCUAGGGUCAUCUUCUCAUGCUUGCAGGAGCUCGCAAAGAGGGGUGCUUACGGUUUGAUCCAGAACGUGUACCUCUUUGGAUCUCCAAUUGUGUACCAGAAGGAGGAAUAUCUCCGCGCACGCACCGUUGUACCAGGUCGAUUUGUGAAUGGGUACAACCGCACAGACUGGGUGCUCGGCUACCUGUUCCGAGUGACGAGCGGUGGUAUCCGUCGCGUGGCCGGACUGGCUGCCAUCGAGGACCUGCCGUGGAUCGAGAAUAUCGAUGUGACGGAGCAUGUGGCGGGCCACAUGGCCUACCGAACAGCCAUGCCCAUUCUGCUGAAGGAGUGUGGUUGGAUGGUGGAGAGUGAGGUGUUCAGUGAAAUUGAGGAUCCGGACCCUGACAAUCACACCGAGCGACAGAGAGAGCUCAUCAACGAGAUUGAGGAGGCACGCAAGAAGCUGGAAGAGGAGGGCAGGACUGGCAGCAAGUCACGCUUCUCCAUCUUUGGCCGCAAGAAGAGAGCGGAGAAGGCCGAGUGGGAGCUAUACGACGAUAAGCAGGCCAAGCCCACGACGGGACCAGAGCAAGAUCCAGACGCAGCGUACCGUGGGGCGCUCUUUGACGUCGACACGAUCCGCGAAGAACUGGCCAAAGACAUGCGCGGCGAGCGCGAGCCAGAGGAAGAGGAGCUGCAGAUUCGGGAGAUCAAGUCGACGCUCCCGCCGAUGAAGCUCAACUUGACAGCUGCCGCUUCGUCGUCAGCAUCGACCCCUGUCGCACCCGCCAACCCUUACAAUACUCUCAGGGAGACGCGAAGCGCCGAUCAUGUGCCAACAUAUCAGCUACCGCCGGAGGACGAGAUACAGAUGACUUUUGACACGUCGUUCAACGACACUACCACGCAGUCUCGAAGCUUGUACGGGGAUAGUCUAAGGCCGUCUCGCGACGAGACAACGACCGCCAGUCGACCUGAUCUCAAGUCAUCGAACACGGUGCCGAAUGUCAACAUGAACAAUCCCUGGGGAGAUCCAGAUGAUGACGACUUUGGGAAAGAGAAGGAGAUUUCCAUGACGUUUGCGUAG